GAAACAGAAGAGGCGACUUCACUUCCGUCAGAUGCCAGGCAUGAAGUGGGUCGUGUGGUUGUUCUGUCUGUCUGCCGCCUCCGUGGCAGUCAAGCGCGACUGUCCCCCGUGCAAGCCUCAGCAAUGUCGACCCCCCGAAAACUGUCUGGCUGGUAUGGUGAAAGACGCUUGCGAUUGUUGCUACGUCUGCGCGCGUCGCGAAGGCGAGCGAUGCGACAACGUCUCCCUGCCACUCCCUUAUACCUAUAAAUACGGAUACUGCGGAGAGAACCUGGAAUGUCGACUUAGAACGGAUCUACUCCCGGAAGACCCGGCCGAAGCCACCUGCGAGUGUAUCAAACAGGAGGCUCUGUGCGCCAGCGACGGACAGACAUACGACAACGAGUGUCAACUCACCGAAGCUCGUUACAAAAAACGGGACGGGUUGAGAGCCAUGAGCAGAGGACCUUGCAGAUCUGUUCCAAAAAUAAUUUCGCCUCCGGAAGACGCAUUCAACAAAACGGGAGGGUCGGUGGCUCUGUCUUGCGAGGUCAGUGGAUGGCCAAUACCCGUCAUAGAAUGGAAAGUGGACCACGGAAACGGAAUCACUUCGACCAUGCCCAGCGACACUCCUCGUAUCUCUGUACAAUCACGAGGUGGCCCUAGGAACUACGAGGUGACGUCCUGGUUGCAAGUACAGAGACUUCGAGUUCAGGAUUACGCAACUUAUUAUUGCGUGGCACGUAACGACGAAGGAGAAACAUCUGCUUCCGCCCGAAUUUAUGUUACGGACAUUCCUAGAAAAACUAAACUAAAUGAAAUCUGAAACUAAGUUCUCGUUCUUUUUUAAAAUGCUUAUUCUUGGCUCUUAUCUGGAUAUUUAAGCAGUUUUCUGUCUAUAAUUUAUAGAGAAUAAUUAUAUUUGUAGUAUAAUAUCAAAUGAAAAAUUAUAUGCAUUUAUGUAAUAUUAAAUUUUUUCUUUUUUUUUAAAAUUAUUUCUGCUGAAAUGCAGGAAAGUUUCACAAUGGUGCUAUCGUGUACAUAGUUUUUUAAAAUUGUCCGAUUAUGUUCGUGGUUUUGUGUAAUUAAAAAGAAAUUUACUGUAUUAAUUAAUAAUUUCCAUUACAAACUACAUUUACUUAACAUCUGUGCCAAACAGCAUACUCAUAUUCACUGCCACAAACUAUGAUUUUUAUUAAUAAAAUAUUUGUAUUGUUGUCUAAAA